AAUGGGAGGAGAUAAUCAUGAAGAUCAUGAUUCAGCUUUAUCACAUGAAAUCAAAGCUGAACAAAUUAAGAGAUUAUAACCUUUCUAUUAAUAAAGAUUACCAUAUAUUUUGAGACCAUUUGCAUCAUUAAUUUAUCAUGAUGUUCCAACAAUUAAUACAGAUAAUUAUGAACAUAAAUCAAUCGAAAAUUAUUGUAAAAUACAAUAUCAUAUAUAAUAGCCGAAUCCUAAAUUAUUAAUAGAACUGUGUUUGCCUUACAAAAAUUGCAGCUUUUGAAUCCCAAUUUCUUCACACCAUAAGAGUAAUUAUUGUUUUAUUGCUAUUAGAAAUCGAAUAUUGUCUCCAUUGCCCCUUGGAAUAGUAUCAUAUACACUAUAAUUCACAUGUUCAGCCAUGAAUGCAAUUUAUGGAUUAUAUUUAUAUAAGACAUGGAGUUUCAAUGCAAAAUCUCUUGGUCUUUGGGCAGUAUUUUUAGCUACUUAAUAAGUUUGCCUUCAAUAUCCAAACUUUUUAUGCGAAGUAAAUAUAAAUAAAAUUUAAAGACUCUAAUCUAAUGGCCCAGAAGAAGAAGAUUGGCAAAGUAAUAUCUUGAAAUUUAUGGUCCAAAUUAUUUCCAUUAAAUAAUUGACCCAAGAUUCAGCGUUCAUAAACUAGAAACACUAAAAAAUAUUGCAUGAGA